AUGCUUCGGAAUCCUCUGCACGCCCAUAAUGUAACGCGACAGGCAGCGAUGGAUGUGAUCGCUUUCUCGUGCACCUUGAGCCAGGAAGAAGAGUGCUUGCUGGUGUCGGCUUCCCAGGGCAUGGACCUGGCAGAUGGUCCCAUGGUCCUUGCGUGUAAUCACACACUUGCGACGCCCGAUGGCGAGCUAAGGGUGAACCAUGUAGUGUCGCCUUGGAGCAGCCGGUGGACCCAACAAAGAACAGGCCUACUCCGGAGAGGUUCAAGAAGAGCCUUCAACGCCGGUGUUUCAAUGCAGGGCUUUCAAGCCCUUUGCCUGACCCAUGCCUAG